UUUCCAUGAAAUGAAUUGGUUUUUAUCCACAAGAUCAUAUCCUGUACAGUAGUGAUGCCUCCCGCCGGAAGGGGGCAGUAAUGCGCCACCGCCGCCAACAGCCCGCCAGCCCAGAAGAAGAAAAGCUACAAACAUUUCCGGGAUCAACUUUAAUCCAAGCGCACAACAUCGGUUGUUUGUUUAGCUGAAUCUUCUUUCUUUAAAAAAAUAAAAAAAAUAAAAGAAGAUCCAGGACCCGAAAAAUCUGUCUGUCCAGACACUGGAGACGCGACAUGGCGACCACCAUCAGCACUCAACGGGGGCAGGUUUACAUUGGAGAGCUUCCUCAGGACUUCCUGCGAAUCACUCCAACCCAGCAGCAGCAGCAGGUCCAACUUGACGCCCAAGCAGCCAGGCAGCUACAGUAUGGAGGCUCAAUAGCCACAGUGGGCCGCCUCAGCAUCACUGUGGUCCAGGCCAAACUGGCAAAGAACUACGGAAUGACGCGGAUGGAUCCAUACUGCCGAGUCCGGCUGGGCUAUGCCGUCUAUGAGACACCGACGGCUCAUAACGGAGCCAAGAACCCGCGCUGGAACAAGGUGAUCCAGUGCACGGUGCCCCCUGGGGUGGACUCUUUCUACCUGGAAAUCUUUGAUGAGAGAGCGUUCUCGAUGGAUGACAGGAUAGCGUGGACGCACGUAACCAUCCCAGAGGGGCUAAGGGAGGGCAGCGUGGUGGAUGAAUGGUUCAGCCUCAGUGGAAGACAGGGGGAUGACAAGGAGGGCAUGAUCAACCUGGUGAUGUCUUUUGCCUCUUUACCGGCAGCAAUGAUGACUCAGCCCGUUGUUCUAAUGCCCUCCGUUUACCAGGAAGGCGUCGGCUACGUGCCCAUCACAGGGGUGCCCGGAGUCUACAACCAGGGCAUGGUGCCCAUGGCGGUGCCCUCGACCAUGCCGGCCAUCGGAAGCCAGGGCCAAGUGUGUAGCGAAGAGGAUCUUAAAGCUCUGCAAGACAUGUUCCCCAACCUGGACAAGGAGGUGGUUCGCACGGUGCUGGAUGCACAACAGGGGAACAAAGACGCUGCCAUCAACUCCCUGCUGCAGAUGGCCGAGGAGCUCUAACUGCAGAAGACGGGCCGGGAGCAGACACGCCAACACUCACACAUGCAUGAAAAAAAUGGUUGAAAAGGAAAACUAUAGCCCCACUUUUAUACACACACACACAUACACACACAUACAGCGUAGCUAACUCCCACCCCCGUGCUCUGUGUUUCCACUCCCAAGUCACAGAGAUCUUUGCUCCUUUCUACACUCAUUAGCCAAACAGUUCAAAUGAAGGAUGGACUCUGCUUGCACACAACUCCGUGACCCGAAAAGACAUUCCUUAUCAAAAGCCUCAUAAACCAGAUAGGAGUUUUGUUAAUCACUGGUCCCAGCUCCAAUCAGACAGGUGUAAAUGUAAAAAACCACACAGUCAUCCCAGGAUCAUUACUGCUCACCCAGACAAAAGGCUACGGCGUUGGCUCGGCAGUAAUGUGACUUGCCACCUGGACUUCAUUUUGGGUUUAUUUAGUGUUUCAGUAUUAUAAUAUCACACCGCCGUCAUGGUAAUACAAUAUGUAUUUCCCUUAUCUGAUUCGAGGAUUUGAUUUGCACUGAUUCAGCCGACGCAAGUCCAUCUCCCACAUUGUUUUUGUCAGUCGGGUGUUUUGUAUCUGUCUGUUCUUCUAUUUCAUAUUUAGCUAUGAAAUCGUUAGUGCAUUAAAAUAUAUAUUAUUAAGAAUAUAUUUAAUCAUACAGAAAUCUAUAUGAGGCUAAGAGAGUGAUGAUGAAUGGUGCAUUAGGAGGAGAUGUAUCUACUGAGGGCAACACAGCAGUCAUAAUGCUAAAAACGUGUUUUAUCUUGAGGUAAUAUAUUGUACAUUACACAGCACCGAUGCUACAUUUUAUAAAUUAUCUUGUGGAGUCACUUGUCAAAUUAACUUUAGAGUCUUAAAUGUGCAGCAUUAAAAUGCGGAUGUUUUUUUCCUGUUCAGCAGCAUUUUGUCAAUAAAGAUUUUGAGGCUAGCAACUCC